GCUAAACGCCAACUUCGCAAAUUACUUAGAUCUGGAGUGGAAGGGCCUUGUGUUUUGGGAAGGGAGAAACCAAAGUUAUUAGUGUUCUUGUGGUUGUACAGAACUAAUAUUUGGUAAUGUCUUAACGUGAAGGAUGUUUCAAACAAAUUACUUCAAUUUUUAUUUUGAAAUUAUUAAGGAAAAAUAGUUCUGAACAUUGCGAGUCAGUGUGAGUGUGAAGCUGAAAAUUUUACUUAUUACAAAAUAUUGGCCAUUCGAAACCCAAACACAAAAUACGACAGUCUAGAAAGGCUGUGGCAUUGACUAGUUCAUGAAAAUGGCUGAGGUGGAUCCCGAAACUUUGUUAGAAUGGCUAAAUAUGGGCCAAGGGGAUGAAAGAGAAAUGCAACUUAUUGCUUUAGAGCAACUAUGUAUGUUGCUUUUAAUGUCUGACAAUGUUGAUAGAUGUUUUGAAAGCUGUCCCCCACGCACGUUUCUUCCAGCACUUUGCAGGAUAUUCCUGGAUGAAUGUGCACCAGACAAUGUACUAGAAACAACAGCAAGAGCUAUUACUUACUAUCUAGAUAUAUCUGCUGAAUGCACUCGUCGUAUUGUUGCAGUUGAUGGUGCUAUUAAAGCAAUGUGUAACCGAUUAGUUGUUGCUGACGUUUCUUCUCGAACUAGCAAAGAUCUUGCUGAACAGUGUAUAAAGGUAUUGGAACUUAUUUGUACAAGGGAAGCUGGUGCUGUAUUUGAAGCAGGUGGUUUAAAUUGUGUACUCUCCUUCAUCAGAGAUAAUGGGUCAUUGGUUCACAAAGAUACUUUGCAUUCAGCCAUGGCUGUGGUUUCACGUUUGUGCGGAAAGAUGGAACCACAGGAUUUCUCUCUUCCUAGUUGUGUUGAAGCCCUUUCUUUACUUUUGAAGCAUGAAGAUAGCCAUGUAGCAGAUGGAGCUCUUAGAUGCUUUGCAUCUCUGGCAGACCGAUUCACACGACGGGGUAUUGAUCCAGCUCCUUUGAAUGAUCAUGGUCUGGUGAGACAGCUGCUAUCACGAUUAUCAAGUGCAGCCAACUCUGCUUUCACUCAAGCUGUAAGUGGUACUCCUGGUGGGCCAGCAAAUGCAACGCCAGAGAGUAAAUCUUCAACAGGUGUUUCAACGAUUAUCAGUCUUCUUUCUACUCUGUGUCGUGGUUCUCCUAGUAUUACCCAUGACCUCUUGAGAUCUGAGCUACCAGAUGCAAUAGAAUCAGCUUUAAAAGGAGAUGAAAGGUGUAUCCUUGACACUAUGAGACUUGUGGAUCUUCUUCUUGUAUUGCUGUUUGAAGGGAGGAAAGCACUCCCAAAGGCUGGUGUUACAUCUGUUGCAAGUCGUCUUCCAAAUCUUCGGCGGAUGGAUAGUGCCGGUGAACGCACACAUCGACAGUUAAUUGAUUGCAUUCGUAGUAAAGACACUGAUGCCCUUAUUGAUGCCAUUGAUUCUGGUGGUAUCGAAGUGAACUUUAUGGAUGAUGUGGGACAAACAUUAUUAAACUGGGCAUCAGCUUUUGGAACACAAGAAAUGGUCGAAUUCCUGUGUGACCGUGGUGCAGAUGUGAACAAAGGUCAACGGUCAUCAUCUCUUCAUUAUGCAGCAUGUUUUGGCAGACCUGGCGUGGCUAAGGUACUUCUGUGUCAUGGUGCUAACCCAGAUUUGAGAGAUGAAGAUGGUAAAACCCCAUUAGAUAAAGCAAGAGAACGUAAUGAUGAAGGCCAUAGGGAAGUUGCAGCUAUCCUUCAGUCUCCAGGUGAAUGGAUGUGUCCUGUUGUUGAAGGUAGCCGUAAUAUCGAUAAGAAGACACAAGAACCCGAGGAAGAUAGCGAACCCAAAGGUGACCCAGAGAUGGCUCCUCUGUAUCUACGUUCUCUGUUGUUGGUUUUUUGUCAAACAUUCCAACAUUCGAUGUUAAGAUCUGUGAGGUAAAUUAGAAUACAAAUAAAAAAAAAAAGUCUCAAUCAUAACUUAGGUUCAUGUUUGUUAUUAGUUGAAGAUGAUGAUGGUUACUUAAUAGCUUUACAAAUGAUUCAAGACCUGAUGAUGAAAGGAUCAAACAUAUUCCUAGAUCAUUUUGCACGCCUGGGAGUAUUUAGUAAAGUAUUAGUUCUUGCCGGGCCACCAGAAGUCUAUGAGGAUGAUAAAAUGAGAAACAGGGAGGAAGGGGAUGAUGAUGAAAUUACCAUGGAUGAUGCCCGAGAAAUACUUCCUGGAAGACCGUAUCAUUGGCGAGAAUGGAGCAUUGUGAGGGGUAGGGAUUGUUUAUAUCUCUGGAGUGAUGCAGCUGCUCUUGAAUUAUCCAAUGGGAGCAAUGGAUGGUUCCGUUUCAUCCUAGAUGGAAAAUUAGCUACAAUGUACUCGAGUGGUAGUGCUGAGGGUGGUUCAGACAGUACAGAAAAUCGAGGGGAAUUUUUAGAAAAGCUUCAGCGAGCUCGUUGUCAGGUAAAAUCGGGAAUGCCUAUCCAACCAAUUCUCUCUUCUCCAGGAUCUACUAGACUUGUUGUUGGAAAUUGGUCACUUUCCUGUCGAAGGGAAGGAGAAAUUUGUAUUCAUAACUCAGAUGGUCAACAGCAAGCAACCAUCUUGAAGGAAGACCUUGCAGGUUUUAUUUUUGAGUCAAAUCGUGGAACCAAACACUCUUUCACUGCUGAAACGUCUCUAGGUGCUGAGUUUGCUGCUGGUUGGACAGGCAAGAAAGGGAAACGAUUAAGGUCAAAAAUUGAAGCACUCAAACAGAAGGUGAAAAAUCAGGCAAGAGAAAUUUAUGAUACCCAUUUCAAAUCAGCACAGGCUCAGCCUCGUGGAAUUGUGGCAAAACUAUGUAAUAUAGUCACAUACAUUGAUAAAGCUUGUCAAAAACAGCUUUUGGCUGGAAAUGAGUCAAAUGAAUGGAAACAAAUUCUGCACAAGGCUCUUAAAGAGCUAGCCGAUCUUCUUCAAGAUGACAGAGCUAUAUCUGCAUAUGAACUUCAUAGUAGUGGACUCAUACAGGCACUUUUAAGGCUUCUUGGGAAAAAAACUGAGAGCCAUGAAGGAAUUGUGAAAUCUAAUUAUGCCAAGUACUUAAAAGAAAGAAUAAAUGUUUUUAAAAGUAUUUUUCAUGAUCAACCCGAUGUUGCAGGGAAUACAGCACCUGCUGUAGCUUUAGUAAAAAAAAUGGUAGCUGUGUUAGAAUCAAUUGAAAAAUUGCCCGUGUAUUUAUACGACACUCCAGGAUCAGGAUAUGGCCUUCAGAUUCUCACAAGAAGGCUUAGGUUUCGUUUGGAGCGGGCACCAGGUGAGACAACUCUCAUUGAUAGAACUGGUCGUGGCUUGAAGAUGGAACCAUUGACUACUGUUGGAGAGUUAGAAAAAUACUUAAUCAAAAUGGUUGCUAAACAGUGGUAUGAUUAUGAACGCUCAACAUUCAGUUUUGUCAAAAAACUUAAAGAAGGUGGGUCAAAAUUGACCUUUACUCAUCAAAGAGAUUUUGAUGAAAAUGGCAUUAUCUACUGGAUAGGCACUAAUGGAAGAACUGUUCCAGAAUGGGUGAACCCAGCUCAGGCAGGGUUGGUUGUAGUGACUUCAUCAGAAGGAAGACAUCUACCUUAUGGACGACUUGAAGAUAUAUUGAGUAGGGAUGUUUCUGCUCUGAAUUGUCACACGAAUGAUGACAAGCGUGCAUGGUUUGCUAUUGAUUUGGGAGUAUGGGUUAUACCCAAUUGUUACACACUCAGACAUGCUCGUGGUUAUGGAAGGUCUGCCCUCAGGAACUGGAUGUUUCAGGUUUCCAAGGAUGGAAUGAACUGGACUACACUGUAUACUCAUACUGAUGAUUGUUCUUUGAAUGAACCAGGAUCCACAGCAUCUUGGCCCUUAGAGACUCCACCUGAUGAAAUACAAGGCUGGAGACACAUCAGGCUACAUCAGACGGGAAAAAAUGCUAGUGGACAAACUCAUUAUCUGUCGUUGUCUGGUUUUGAAAUUUAUGGAAUUGUUACUGGUGUAUGCGAUGAUUUAGGAAAAGCAGCUAAAGAAGCUGAAGCUAAUUUGAGACGUCAGCGAAGACUAAUAAGACAACAGCUUAGGAACAUGAUUGUUGGAGCUCGUGUUGUACGAGGCCCUGAUUGGAAGUGGCGGGAUCAAGAUGGUAAUCCUUCUGGUGAAGGAACAAUCACAGGAGAACUUCAUAAUGGUUGGAUAGAUGUCACUUGGGACCAUGGUGGCUCAAACUCUUACCGAAUGGGUGCAGAGGGAAAGUAUGAUUUGAAACUUGGUCCAAGUUAUGAUCCAGAGACUCCUGUGAGUUUGACCACCUCUGUAUCUUCAAUUACUCAAAGGUCCUCUUCAAACAGUGCCAGCAUGUUAUCAUCAGUGCGUGCUGUAAGCUGUAAAGGAGCCAAGACUAUUACAACAGAUUCAGUUUCAGCAAAAGGAAGUGUAGCAGCUAGCGUGUUGACUAGCCGAAAAAGUAGUUCUACGAGUAGUUUACUUGAAGCAACAUCUGAUCGUAGUAAAACCUCUGUAGCCAGCACUGAACAAGCUGCUUCUGCAGAAAACUUGACAGUUAAGCAAGCAGCAGAAGUAAUAGCAGAGAAUAUGCUGACUCGAGCCAGUGCUGAAGCUACUAUAUUUGCUGCAAUUGAACCAUCCAAAAUUGUAUCAUCUGUUUCUGUAACAGCAGCUGAGGCUGUUGUUGUUCAUGCUCGUGAUAUUCCCAGCAUGGGAGUUGGGCUCUCUCCAACUCGGGAAGAGGCUGAAGAUACUUUUGGAUUAGAUGAUGUGGAGCUAGGCCAAGUGAAUGAACUGUCUAAUAGUAAUACAGAAGAAUAUUUGAAAAACAUACACACUAAACGAGGAGCAACUGCUGAAGGGCAAACCCAUAGUGGCAGAAAUAAUGCUAACAAUGCAAUGAGUGUUAGUGUUCCAAACCUUUCAGCUACAACUAAUGCAAAUGACUCAACAGUUGGACUUUUGGAAACAUUUGCUGCAGUUGCUCGACGAAGAGCUAGUGGAAAUGCAAGCAACAUUAGUGCAGGUUCUUCAAUUUUUUCUCGAGGUCCCAAUGUCAGCAGUCUGGUGCGGCUAGCACUCUCUUCAAACUUUCCGGAGGUGCUUGCUGAUUUGUUGGGAGACUUGCCACUAGACACUGAUUCACACCUCAGAAACCAUGCACUUUCAGGAGGGCUACUAAGUACAGCUCAGAGUUUUCCAAGUUUGACAACCACCACUACAGCAUCCACCCUCUCAGGAAGUCAGACUGGAAGUGCCACUUCUGCAGCAACAGGGGCAAACUCCUUUGGCCAGGGGCUAACAAUGAGCCUGACCUCUACUUCCAGUGAAAGUGAACAAGAUUUCUUGGAAAGUUGCCGUGCUACUACGCUACUAGCAGAUCUGGAAGAUGAGGAAGAACUGCCUGAUCCUGAUGAUGAUGAAAAUGAAGAUGAUGAAGAAAAUGAAGAUGACGAUGAUUAUGAAGAUGUUUUGGAGGUUGAAGGUUAUGAGUUCAGGAAUGGAAAAAGAAGAAGUUGGGAUGAUGAAUUUGUUUUAAAACGCCAAUUCUCAGCUUUAAUUCCAGCAUUUGACCCUCGUCCUGGUCGCACAAAUAUUAACCAAACAACUGAUCUUGAAAUUCCCCCACCUGGUGUGGAAGAAAGACGAAAUGAAGACUUGAAAGAAAUGUCGCCACAGCCAUAUUUAACCCUCACGUUAAAAGGUCCUAACCUUCCUGGGAUUCCAGAAAGAGAAGUGGAAUUAGCUAAUCCUGAAUGGACCAUAUUCCGUGCUGUUCAACAUUUAAUGCAGUCAUCUGAGUUUGGAAGCAAGCAGGACAAGAUUCGUCGUGUUUGGGAACCAACAUACAUAAUUGUUUAUCGCCAAGCAACCACUGAUGAAAAUAAAGUUAAUAAGACUAACAUCAAGAAACCAGGUCUGUUGAAUGGACCAGGAGGUAAUGAUCUUUCCAAGAUUCUUCCGUGUGUAGCACUGGAUUCUACUGGAUGUUCUGUGGAUGAAGUUUUGCAGCUCCUGUGGCUGUUUAAUAGUAUGUGUAAAGCAAAGGGACAGAAAAUCACUCAAGGAGCUUUAUCUCGAUCAUUUCUUAAGCUAAUGUGUCAUGGAGAUGGUUCUCCCAAAUUUUUUGAAAGGCAACUUAGGUCCUCCCAAUUGGAAUAUACACUUACUCCAACUGAUGAAGAUAUUUUUGUACAUUGUGAUGAAGAAGUAGUUAAGAAACCUAAGCUCAAAUUUGAAAGAACUGAAAGUAUAACAGGGUCAUGGUUCAAAGGUGUGUUGGAUCAAGAAGACUUACUAGAGGUAAACCCUCACAAAGGCAGGUUUCUACAGCAGCUUACAGAACUGUCAGUUAAAAAACAAAAUGUUUUAUCAGACACGUCUCUUUCAUGGGAGGAACGCACAAACAGACUCAAUCGUUUGACCCUAACAGGACCUGAAAUGGAUCCCAGUUACAGCUUGCCAGUUGAAGAGCUUGGGUUAUCAUUCCAAUACUUCCCUCCAUCCAAAGUUUAUGGAUUUACUGCUGUUGACUUAGUACCUGAUGGUGAACACAAGGAGGUGACCUUAGAAAACAUUGAGGAGUAUGUGGAACUCUUAACAGACUUUUGUCUUCAUACGGGGAUACGCCGUCAAAUGGAAGCUUUCAGAUCCGGAUUCAACAGGGUAUUCCCUAUGGAAAAACUGGGAGCUUUCACUCCUGAGGAGGUAUGUUUAAUGCUGUGUGGGGAGCAGAAUCCAUCAUGGACACGCGAAGAUAUCCUGGCUUACACAGAACCAAAACUCGGUUAUACAAGGGAGAGUCCUGGUUUUCAGCAACUUGUCAAUGUUUUAGUAAAUAUGUCGGGAGAGGAAAGGAAAGCUUUCCUGCAAUUUGCCACGGGGUGUUCCUCCUUGCCUCCUGGUGGUCUUGCAAAUCUCCACCCACGACUGACUGUGGUGCGUAAAGUUGAUGCCUCUGAUGGAAGUUAUCCUUCAGUGAACACAUGUGCCCACUACUUGAAACUUCCCGACUAUUCAUCCGAAGAGAUAAUGCGAGAACGUCUUCUGGCAGCAACUAGAGAAAAGGGUUUUCAUCUUAAUUGAUUAUGUAUAAACCUAUGUAUCUUCAGACAUUCAUAAGUGAUAGUUAUUACCUGUAUGUAAGUCCACACCGUUGACAAAGCUUUUUAUUGCUUACUCUAAAAAGAAGCAUCUGUUUCAUGUUGCAGAAAACUGUAUAAUUGUGUGUUUAUUUAACUGUGCCUAGAAUAGCAAUGUGUGUGUGUGUAAGAAAAUAUUUAAACAAGCUCCAACACAAUCUUGUUUAUUAAUUCUGAUGUUUGUAUGAUUAGUUGUAAGACCUAAGCUUAGGUGACCCAUAACCAAUCAGCUUUCUCUAAAGUGCCUGUGUUAUAAUUGUGUAUAUAAAUAUUGUAGUCUUUUUAAGUUCGUAUUUAGAAUGCUUAAGUUGAAUAACUUGUUUUGAAAAUGAAGUUACAAUGUAAAAAAAAAAAAUUCUUUAUUUCCAUAUCAGAUUUAGGCAAAAUACAUCUUGGAAUGUUAUCAUGUUUUGUACUGAUGUCAACGUUUCAUUAGAACUUCUAAUUAACACCACAAAAGCAAUGUGUAUUGUAAAAAACAGGCAAUAAAAAUGAAAUACCAAACUUUAAGAUCUUUUAUAUCACUUUCUCUUAAAAAAAAUAAUUCAUUAACAAAAUAAGAAGGAUAAGUUUUAGUGUCAAAAACCUAGUAAAUAUCUGUAAGAAUAGUUAGUUUAAUUUGCUAUUAACACUGAUACCUUCAGCUUAUAAUCAGUAAGGUGUUUCUCCAAAAACACCUAUCACAUGAUUCAUAACAAAAUAAGUUUGGAGUUAAAUUUAAAAUUCCCAUGAUUCCAGCCAUCUUAAUCCAUACAUGGUACUGUUUGGACUUGAACUGGGUGGUCCUUCCAUCCCGUAACUCAAAGGACUGAAUAAAUAAAAGCUAAAAAGAAAAAAAAUUAACUUAAAUCAUUCUGUAGCACCAUUAUCUAAAAAUUAUUGCUAAACAACAUUUAUGAGAAUGUCUAUUCUUUACAACUUAUAAGACCUAGUACUUUUAUAUAAAUAUAUGACACUGUAUUAAAUUACUCUGACACACCAUUGUUGUGUAAGUUGACAGUUUACUUCUAGGAGAUUUAGCUUAUGUAUGACUGAAGUGUGCAAAAUAGUGUUUACUUUUGUUGGUUGGUUAAGAUGAAGUAUAUACAUAAAGAUAAUAAGCUGCUAGACACAGAUUGGAGAUUUUAAUGUUGAGGGAUGUUUAUAAGAUGAUCAUGUAUUAACAUUACUCGUGGCUAGGAAAUGUUUUAAAGCAAAUAUCAUGGUAGACAUUGAAAAUGGUUGUUAUAAUGUAAGACAGGUUAACAACACAAAGCAUUUUUAUCAAGAACAAACACUUGUAUAGACUUGUAUUUGCAAGGAAAGGUAGAUUAUUAUUGUAAAUACCUGUAUGCUAAGCCAGCUAAUAUAGUACCGAGCAACCAAUGGUAGAAGGAAGUUCCUAGGGUCCAUGGUAGUGCAUGUGGAAUGACACUCAACAAGUAGUCCAAUAUUACUCCUGUUAAAA